AAGAAGUUCUUGCUCUAUGCCCGCCAAAUGGAAAUCCGAGGGGUUGACAUUGACAACCCAUAUUACAACUACAUCAACUCCUUCACUGUGCCUGACAUUGACAAUGUCACUGUGGUUGACUAUGAUGCUAUGGAGCAGAGGAUCUAUUGGUCAGAUGUGCGCACUCAAACCAUCAAGCGGGCGUUCAUCAAUGGAACAGGCGUAGAAACGGUUGUCUCUGCAGACUUACCCAAUGCCCAUGGCCUAGCUGUUGACUGGGUUUCAAGGAAUCUUUUCUGGACAAGCUAUGAUGCUAACAAGAAGCAAAUCAACGUGGCACGGCUAGAUGGCUCAUUUAAGAAUGCUGUGAUUCAGGGAUUAGACAAACCUCAUUGCCUAGUUGUACAUCCUCUCAAAGGGUGAGUCUGGAAAAGCUAC